AUGGAUAGCACUACAAAACCACCGCCGGCGUUAGACCUGAAUAACCUAAGAGCCAUCAAACUACUAGGCAAAGGUGCCUUAGGCACUGUCUUUCUUGUUCAUCACAACUCACAUGAAUCCUUCGCCCUCAAGGUGGUGGAGAAAUCCUCCCUCCACCGCGCCCACCACGAAAUCUCCGUCCUCAGCCGCCUUCAAAAUCAUCCUUUCCUCCCUUCCCUACUCGGAUCAUCGGAAAAUCAAGAAAUCAUUUGUUGGGCCAUACCAUACUGUCCCGGAGGUGACCUUAACGUCCUCCGUUACCAGCAAGCGGACCACGUUUUCUCACCGGCCGUUAUUCGUUUCUAUUUAGCUGAAAUCAUUUGUGCUCUUGAACAUCUUCACCAGCAAGGCAUUGUUUACAGGGACCUCAAGCCGGAAAACAUCCUUAUACAGCAAUCUGGUCACGUCACACUCACGGAUUUCGACCUAUCACGUACCUUAACACCCAGAAAAGCAUCUGCCCUGCAUUUUUUUUCCGAUUAUGAGGAGGAACCUCUAUUGAAAAAGAAGGGUUUCAACAAUACCAAGAAAGGAUUGAAGAAAGCGAAAAGUGCACGUGUGUCGCCUGUAAGCAGAAGAAACCCGAUUGAAUUUCCAAACAAUGAGCGUUCAAAUUCUUUCGUCGGCACCGAAGAAUACAUGGCGCCAGAAAUUAUAACUGGAGCCGGCCAUGAAUUUGCAGUGGAUUGGUGGGCUCUUGGAGUGCUUUGUUACGAAAUGCUGUAUGGGAGGACACCGUUUAAGGGAAAUAAUAGGAAGGAAACUUUCUACAAAAUAUUAGCGUUGCAGCCGGAGUUCGUCGGAAAACCCGAUCCAUUAACUGAUUUGAUCGGAAAGUUGCUGGAGAAAGACCCCACGCGCCGUUUGGGAUACCGAAGAGGCGCGGCUGAGAUUAAGGAGCAUGAAUUCUUUCGCGGGUUGAAGUGGGACUUGUUGACGGAAGUUUUACGGCCGCCGUUUCUUCCGUCAAGAGAUGAGACGGAGAUAACGGAGAAGUUGGGAAAAGGUGGAAUUGAUAUAGCCGAAUACUUUCAGAAGUUGAAGGUUCUGCCGUCCCCGUUACGAUCGUCACUUGACGAGCCUGAAGAACGUAGCGUUUCAUUCACGGAGUUCUGA